UAUUAUUAAUGGAUUCAAUUACUGGCACGGAAACUCAUUAAUAAAAGAAUAAUAUAACUUGUAAUGAAAAGCUCGUCUAACAAGCAAUCAUGAAUAGUUAUCAUGAAUAAGAAUUUAGAUAAACUAUUUCACUAACUUAAAAUUAAAACUAAAAAGUUUCUGAUGAUAAUAAAAAUUCACAAGUCUCCUUAAUUCUUUGUCCAGUCCAAGGUUCUGAUAAUAAUGAUGAUAUUCAUAAUGCCAAUUUGACAUCGAUUAUUAGAAAUAGAAUUGAACCAUGUUUUGGUGUUUUAUUUAAAAAAAGUCCUCACUGGGUUCAAGGUUAUAAGGAAAGACAAUGUUCAAUAGUUAAUCGCGUUUUUAGGUAUUACUCAAAGGAACAAAAACAAUUAGAAGGUGUUCUCAAUUUUGAUGUUUAAUCAUAUUAACUUAUUGAAAUUAAAGAUAAAUAUGGGAAUAUUAUUGAAUUCAUGUACAAAUCAUCAAUUUAUUUUAUUAGAAUCAAACCUGUUGGGAAAAUUGAGAAAGUUUUCCAAUUUAAAGGUUAUUAACAAGAAGAUACCCGAAAAUGGUUCAAUAUAAUAAAAAUUCAUUUACACGAUUCUCUUGGUUUUCUCAAUUAACUAACUUCUUUAUGCAAGUAUUAAAGAUAUUGGAGGGUAUCUUUUAUUCAAAAUAUUUUAAGCAUGAAAGAAUUUCAGCCUAAUAACUAGAGGAGGAAGGGGAUGAUGGUGAUAUCAUUUUAUUUAGAGGAAAGGAUAUUAAUUGUUAUGUCCAAAGAGCACUUACCUAAGAUGAUUUCGAUCAUGUGGGCUUACUUCUUAAAAUUGAGAAUGAAUUAUUUAUAUUUGAAGCCUUGCCAUCUAGUGGUGUUGCAUUAUGUAGAUGGAGCACCUUUAAUCUCAGAAAAUGGUAUUCUAUGUAUGAAAAGUAUAAUUAUUUCAUCUCUAUUUUUAGAGUUGUCUAUCGUAAAUUGUAAACCAAUAGAUCUGUUGAUUUUAAAGUCAAGCUUUCAGAUUUUGUAAAAGAGAACUUAGGAAAAAAGUAUUCCUGCACACCAUCAAAAUUAUUAAUAUAAAAAUCUAUUGUUGUCACAGAAGAACAUUCAAAAAACGAAGAGUAUAAAAAUAGAACCUAUUUUUGCUCUGAAUUAGUUGCUAAAUGUUAUAAACAUCUUGGAUAUUUACCUAAACUAAUCUCUUCUACUCAAUAUUGGCCAGGUUCAUUUUCUUAAAAGAAUACUAAAAUAUAACUUUAGUAAGCAUCUCUUAGUGAUGAAUAUCUAAUUGAUUUUUGUAUGUGA